CGACGAAUCGAGCUCGAUAGUCGAUUUUCCAAAGUUUCUAUGGUAAUUUCGUUAUAUUAUUGCGGGAGGUCGUUAAUCCCCCUGGAUCGAAGUGAUGUGAGCACGUGAAACUUGAAUUGUUCGCGAGUUGUUUGAAGCAUAGAGUCGAGUGAAGCGAUGAGUGAUUAAAAAAUAUGCGUGUGAGCAAGUGUGUUCAGCUAAUUGAAUGAGGUAGUUUUAGCAAGGAAGGAGCAAAGAAAGCCGCGACGAGUCAUGCUCCGAUUAGUCUGGUUGGAGCUGACUUUCGUAGCUCUCAUCAUCACAAGUGCAAAAUGUUUGAAAAACGUUAGACUGGAAGUAAGCCCACAGGCAGUGGAGCAAGGCCAGGAAGCGACGCUUAGGUGUUUCUACGAAUUAGAGGAGGCGCCUCUCUAUUCGCUCAAGUACUACCGGGGCUCCUAUGAAUUCUACAGGUAUUCACCCAGCGACAAUCCCUCGACGAAGAUCUUUAACUUUUCUUGGAUCGAUGUUGACCCGGAGCUGUCGAACGAGAGCCAAGUGACGAUUCGGAACGUCGAUUUUCAAUUGGCCGGCAACGUCAGCUGCGAAGUGACCACCGAUGCGCCGACCUUCUCCACGGCUAGCAGCACAAAAACCCUCAGUGUCGUUUCUAUACCGAAGGGUAAGCCUGUCCUCGCCUCGGAACGUAACCGCUACGAGCCUGGAGAGACUCUGAGGGCCAACUGCAGCAUGCCAUUGUCGAGGCCACCGGCACAAAUGUACUUUACGCUCAACGACGAUUUGGUCAGCGAGGCCUACGUCAGCCCCGUGAGUCGCGAAAAGAAGCUGCAGCGAGGCCAGAAACACAGCGGCGCAUCGAUGGCCAGGUCCGUGGGAACGACCGAUCGAGUCCAGCAGCUGCACAGGUACCCCGCCGAAACGAGCCAAGCCAUCGAGCUGAGCAUCCCCCUGCAGACCUUCCACUAUCGGAGUGGCCUGUUGAGUCUGCGCUGCGUCGUCAAGAUCGCCGGCGUCUACGAGCAGUGGAGCGAGCUUCAGUUGGGCGCCAGUCCUUGGGAACCCGUGCCCGAACGAGUCAGGUCGGACAGUGUAUGCAACCAGAGUCACAGGAUCAUCGAUUUGACGAUACUUGGCCUCCUUUUGCUUCUCCUAAGCUCGAGGUAGUCAACGUGCCACCAAACACCCAAUGGAUUGCUGCAAUCUUAAUGCUACCCGUGGAUGGUGCAGCAUUAAGUACUCAUUCCAAGAUAGUUCAUGGCCUACACCUUAUUGCGCUAAGUUAGAAUAAUCUUUUCAUUUCGAUAACUAGAGUAGAAGUAUCGGUUACCGGUAAAUUUGUACUGUAUAUAAUACUCACGGAGUUUCAUUUCCAAAUAUUACUAAGCAUGAAUUAAUUGAAAAAAUGUAUAUUGUAAAUUAAGUAAGAAGUGCAUCUAUAUCGAUGUUAAAUUUUUUAUGUUUAAUUAAAUUAGUUGAUUGAAAACUGUGUAUUAUAAGAUUAAUUUUAAGAGCGAAUCCAAAGAUAAGAAGUUGUUAAUAAAAGUAUAAUUGUUGAAUUUUUACAAAACGUUAUUUACGAAGUGAAUCGUGAACGAAUGUAAGAGUGAUUGACAAAAUGAAAUUUUGAAAAUUGAGUGUUCGAUAAAGUUACAAAUGUUGGAUGCAGAGUAUAGCAGUUUUAAGGUUUUGUUACGUCUUUUAGAGUUUAAACUAAUCAUUUAAAUGUAUUUUAGUUCUUCUUUUCGAUGUUCAAUGAAGUCUUAUGAUAAAAAUGAAAUAUUCAAGCGGACAGUUUUACGUAAGCCAUAUUGAAAUAACAAAAAUAAUAAUACGAAAAGAGUGUGAGAAAUU